UUUCUGACAACUAAUAUACCAGAUGAUAUAGGAGCCUACAUAAAGCAGCGCGCGGUGUCGCAGCCAUAUGAAGCGUAAAAGAUGACUCUGCGAGGUAAAGUGGCUCUCGUUACGGGCGGUGCGCAAGGUAUCGGUAGAGCCGUCGCAGAAAGCCUUCUGAAGAAUGAAGCAAAGGUUGCACUUGUUGACUUGAAUCAAAGUGUCGGAGAGGAAUGCAAGAAUAUUUUAAAUGGAGAGUUUGGAGAUGGGAACUGCAUUUUCAUUCAGUGUGACGUGACGGACAGAUUGAAACUUAAAGAUGCUUUUCAAAGUAUAGUCGACCGGUUUGGAAGAUUGGACAUUGUUGUCAACAAUGCUGGCAUCAACAAUGAGAAGGACUGGGAGAAGACCAUUGAUGUAAAUCUGACAUCAGUCAUCAAGGGAACUUACCUGGCCCUGGAUCAUAUGAGCAAAGAGUAUGGAAAAGAAGGAGGAGUCAUCAUCAAUGUCUCAUCCAUGGCAGCUUUCCUUCAUUCCCCCUACCAGCCAGUGUACACGGCCACAAAGCACGGGGUGAUAGGCUUCUCCAGAGCCAUAGCGGAUGCAGCCGAGGUGGAGAACUAUGGUGUGAGGAUCAACACGCUGUGCCCUGCCUUCGUGGACACCCCUCUCCUGCGCUCCGUGGAACACGAGGACAACAUGGGCAAGUUUGACAAGUUCAAGGACGACUUAAAGAGGAGCGUGCACAAGUUCGGGGUGCUUCAACCGUCGCUGAUCGCAGAGGGAGUGUUGCGCCUGAUAACUGAUACCGGUCUAAACGGCGCCGUGAUGAAGAUCACCUGCUCUAAAGGGAUCCACUUCCACACCUACGAGCCCCUGUCCGCUUGAGAGGAACAACGCGGAAUACCGUCGGACUUCUGUCACCCACCCAGACAAAGGAACAUAAAGUGGUCGGAGUAUGGAGUCAUUCAGAAAGUAAACCCAUGUGUCUAUGGAAUUGGUUGAAAUGUAGGCCCAUUGAAUUAGGAAUUAGAAUAGUCAUUUAAUGGGACCUCUAUUUGUAUUGGAUGUAACCAAGAUUCCAGUAGUCUUACUUAAUAGGUGUGAACAAAGGUAGACAAAGAGGGUUUAGUUUUUGGGUUUCUCUCAUCAUAGAAUCCUCCAGUUGAUUUGACUAGUAUGAGAGACUUGUUUCCCUCAUCAUAUAAUCCUCCAGUUGAUUUGACUACUAUGAGAGACUUGUUUUCCUCAUCAUAUAAUCCUCCAGUUGAUUUGACUACUAUGAGAGACUUGUUUUCCUCAUCAUAGAAUCCUCCAGUUGAUUUGACUAGUAUGAGAGACUUGUUUCCCUCAUCAUAUAAUCCUCCAGUUGAUUUGACUACUAUGAGAGACUUGUUUCCCUCAUCAUAUAAUCCUCCAGUUGAUUUGUCUACUAUGAGAGACUUGUUUUCCUCAUCAUAGAAUCCUCCAGUUGAUUUGACUAGUAUGAGAGACUUGGUACACAUUGACUGCUGUAUUUAUUUUAUUUAUUUAACGAGUCGGCUAAAAAAAAUCGUAUUACCCAAUUAUGAAAUGGACAUUUUAUCACAAAUUAUUCUACCAAAUAACUGUAGUUUAUUUAUGAUACAAUAGCAUACUUUAUUAUCAUAGAAUAUGUGAAAAUUGUAUUUUUGUUGGUUGUCAGACAAUAAACUUUGACUCCUUUCCUCUUCUCA